AUGGAGGUGGAGGUCAAUAAACUGGAACUGAUGUUCCAGAAAGCUGAGUCUGAUCUGGAUUACAUUCAAUACAGGCUGGAAUAUGAAAUCAAGACUAAUCAUCCUGAUUCAGCAAGUGAGAAAAAUCCAGUUAUACUCUUAAAGGAAUUGUCAGCGAUAAAGUCUCGAUAUCAAACUUCGUAUGCCCGCUUUAAGCCAGUUGCUGUUGAGCAGAAAGAGACUAAGAGCCGCAUUUGUGCUACUAUGACUAAAACUAUGAAUGUGAUACAAAAACUACAGAAGCAAACAGACCUGGAGCUGUCACCACUGACUAAAGAAGAGAAAACUGUGGCAGAGCAAUUCAAAUCUCACGUGCCAGAUUUAUGAAGAAAUGGACUUGGAAAGGAAAUUCUAACAGAGGAGAGCUUAAUUCCAGAGAAAUUUAGGAAUAUGUCUUGUUAACCCUUGAUGUCUAGAGAUUGGGGGCUGGUGAAGGAAGUUUGGCUUCAAUGACUGGAUAAUGAUGUCUUUCAUGAGAGAGACUAUAAGAAGAAGGGCAGAUAAUAUGUGAAUAAAGUUCAGCCAAAAGGAUCAAGUGAGAAUAAAAUGAUUUAAAUAUAUGUACACACGCAUGUACACACAUACUUAGUCUUGUAAUUUCAGGCCAGAAAAUCUCUUAACACUAUUUUGCAUCUGUUUUCUUUUUCUAAGUCAUGAUAAUGUAGAUGUUCUGGUCUAUCAUAAAAGAAUGUUUAUGUACA